AUGAUUAGAUGGAUAUUGUCGUGUGUUACAUCUACAUCGUUCUCUAUAUGUGUUAAUGGUAACUUGCACGGAUUUUUCAAAGGGCGAAGGGGGCUACGACAAGGGGAUCCAAUGUCCCCAUAUUUAUAUACGCUUGUAAUGGAAGUGUUAACUUUGUAUUUACAGAAGAAGGCUGCUCUUGGAAAUCCAUGUUUUCGCUACCACCAGCUUUGUGAGAAGGAAAAGUUAAUAAACUUAUGUUUUGCAGACGAUUUAUUCUUUUUUGCAAGGGGCGAUACUAGCUCGACCUCGAUUCUCAUGGAAGUGCUGAAUGCUUUUAAAGAGAUGUCAGGUCUCGUUCCAAGUUUGCCUAAAAGUACCGUCUUCUUCUGCAACGUUUCGGAUCAUGUUAAACAAGCUAUCUUGCAGAUUCUUCCUUUCGAAGAAGGUAAACUUCAUGUUCGGUAUCUAGGUGUUCCACUUAUUUCUACCAGGUUAGUUUAUCGAGAUUGUAAGGUAUUGGUGGAGAGGAUGGAAAAAAGAAUUUCAGAUUGGAGAAAUAAAAGUUUAUCAUUUGCGAGGCGACUCCAACUUAUUAAUUCUGUUUUAUCCUCAUUGCAUACGUAUUGGGCUUCGGUUUUCAUUCUCCCCAAGAGUAUUAUUGCUGAUCUGGAAAGGAAAAUGAGAGGUUUUCUUUGGUACCAAGGAGAUAUGAAACGGGGAAAAGCGAAGGUUUCUUGGAAGAUAGUAUGUCUUCCUAAAUAUGAAGGUGGGCUUGGUAUACGUAGAAUUGAAGAUUCAAAUACAGCACUCAUGGCUGCACAUGUGUGGAGCAUUAUCACGAAUCGGAAGUCUUUAUGGGUUCAAUGGAUCCAUUCUAACCGGUUAAAAGGUAGAUCUUUUUGGGAUGUUCCUUUGCGUGCAGGUGCUAGUUGGGGAUGGCGCAAACUUUUACAGUUAAGAAGUACUUUUCGACCGUUUUUCUAUUCAAGAAUUGGGAAUGGGUUAUCAACGUCUGCUUGGUUUGAUUCAUGGUGUAAGCUGGGACCCCUUAGUUCUAUAAUUACACCAAGAAAAAUAAAACGGCCCACUGCAUGGUAUGACUUAUAUCCUGUACUUAUACCUGUUACUCCCCCAAAUCUGUCCACUGAUCGUAAUGAUACUCUUAUAUGGCGUGAUGAAAAUGGAGUUGAAAAGCUAUUUUCAGCAUCUAUUGUGUGGGAUUCAAUUAGGUAUAAGCAACCUGAGGUAUGGAUGCUGGUUAGAUCAUUUGCCAAGAUGGAUCACGUUGCAGCUUUGCUAGAUGACAUUAUAGCUUGGCUCAUCUCUAUAUCGUCGGGCUCAUCAAUAUCAAGUGUGGUGGGACGACUUGUUUUUGCUGCGUCGGCUUUUUUUGUAUGGCAGGAAAGAAACAACAGGUUAUAUAGCAACAAAAUGAGAACCACUGCACAAAUUCGAGAUGUAAUUCUCUCGACUGUUCGUUCAAAGUUACAUGGAAUGAAGCUAAAAGACACAAGUGCUGCUAAACGACUCAUUGAAGAAUGGAAACUACCUUCGAUGCUUAUUAUGAAGAAUGAAGUUGCCGAGUAG